UUCCCGGGCAUCUCCAGGCAGCGCCCGCCGGCAGCCCGGAGCUGGGUGAAAUUCAGGCGUCUUCAGAGAGGGGAGGAAGAUCCUCGUCUUCCGAAGCCUCCUCAAUGAGUGCCAAGCUCUCCAAGGAGUUGAGGCUGUCCGUGCCACCUUGUCUCCUGAACAGGACGUCUGCCACCUUAAACACCAGCAGCACCUGCAUCACGCAAGUGGGUCAGCUCUUCCAGUCCUUCUCGUCCACCCUGGUUUUAAUUGUGCUGGUCACCCUCAUCUUCUGCCUGAUCCUCCUCUCCCUCACCACCUUCCACAUCCACAAGAGGAAGAUGAAGAAGCGGAAAAUGCAAAGGGCUCAGGAGGAGUAUGAACGGGACCACUGCACCCGCAGCAACAGCAGCAGCCAGCACCCUGGGACUGGGAUGCAGGGAGAGGCACCCCACGGAAGAGACAGCCGGCUGGGAAGACCCCCCAAGGACUCGGAGAUCCAGCGCCCCACUCCCUCAGCAGCCCCGAGCUCCCAGCAAGUACGGGCUUGUUUGGACACAUCUGGUGCAGGGCUCUUGCAGACGGUGGUUUUGUCAUGAUGGUUUGGGGGAGACCUCACGAAGGUGCUGGUUGGUGUUUGUAAAUACCCGAGUGAUUA